AUGCCACCCCCAGCAGAGGUGACAGACCCGUCCCAUGCCCCCGCCGUUCUGCGCCAGCUCAAUGAACAGCGGCUUCGUGGCCUCUUCUGUGACGUCACCCUCAUAGCUGGAGACACCAAGUUCCCCGCUCACCGCAGUGUCCUGGCUGCUUCUAGUCCCUUCUUCAGAGAGGCCCUGCUGGCCUCAGCGCCACUGCCCCUCCCACCCAUCCCUGGGGGCUCAGCCCCCAACCCCACCACCACCACAGCGGCCUCCUCCUCCUCCUCUUCCUCCUCUUCCUCCUCCUCUCCCUCUCCAGCCUCACCUUCAGCUUCAUCCCCACCUCGGGUCCUGGAGCUGCCAGGGGUCCCAGCAGCUGCCUUUUCUGAUGUCCUCAAUUUCAUCUACAGUGCCCGGCUGGCACUGCCUGGUGGUGGAGGGGACGGGGCAGCUGUGGCGGAGAUCGGCGCUCUGGGACGGCGUCUGGGCAUCUCCCGCCUGCAGGGCCUGGGGGAGGGGGGUGAUGCCUGGGUGCCUCCUGCUCCAGUUCCCAUGGCCACCUCACAGCCUGAGGAGGACAGCUUUGGGCCUGGGCCUAGGCCAGCCGGGGAGUGGGAGGGGGACAGGGCUGAGGCCCAGGGCCCUGACUCACAGCCUGCCUUGUCCCGGCGGCCCCUCCCCUGCCCCCGAUGUGGGAAAAGCUUCAUCCAUCCCAAGCGGCUGCAGACCCAUGAGGCCCAGUGCCGGAGGGAGGCCAGCGCUCGGGGGUCUGCAGGGCUGGGAGCAAGGGGUUCUGUCCCCAGUGGCCCUGCAGGAGUGGACGCCUCGGCCCUGCCCCCAGCGGUAGGCUUUCGAGGUGGUCCUGAGCACGUGGUGAAGGUGGUGGGCGGCCACGUGCUCUAUGUGUGCGCGGCCUGUGAGCGUUCCUACGUGACCCUGUCCAGCCUAAAGCGACACAGCAACGUACACUCAUGGCGGAGAAAGUACCCCUGCCGCUACUGCGAGAAGGUGUUCGCGCUGGCUGAGUACCGAACCAAACACGAGGUGUGGCACACUGGGGAGCGCAGGUACCAGUGCAUCUUCUGCUGGGAGACCUUUGUCACUUACUACAACCUGAAGACCCACCAGCGAGCCUUCCACGGCAUUAGCCCGAGUCUCCUGGCCAGUGAGAAGACGCCCAAUGGAGGCUAUAAGCCCAAGCUCAAUACCCUCAAGCUAUACCGCCUGCUCCCCAUGCGGGCGGCCAAGCGGCCCUACAAGACCUACAGCCAGGGAGCCCCCGAGGCUCCCCUCUCUCCAAGCCUCAACACACCGGCCCCUGUGGCAAUGCCAGCCAGCUCACCACCCGGACCCCCACCUGCCCCAGAGCCUGGGCCCCCACCAUCUGUCAUCACUUUUGCCCACCCAGCUCCCUCAGUCAUUGUACAUGGGGGCAGCAGCAGUGGUGGAGCAGGGAGUGGGCCGGCCAGCACAGGGGGGGCCCAAGCUGCCUCAGUCAUCACUUACACUGCUCCCCCAAGGCCCCCCAAAAAACGUGAGUACCCACCUCCUCCCCCUGAACCUGCAGCCGCACCAACCAGCCCAGCCACAACAAGCAGCCCAGCCACAGCCGCAGGGCCCGCCACAGCCACGGAGGAGGCCAAGGGCCGGAACCCACGGGCCACGAGGACUCUGACCUACACGGCCAAGCCAGCUGGUGGGAUUGGCGGGGGCGCGGGUCCUCCUGCAGGGCCUGGCCGGGGCCCCUCUCAGCUCCAGGCUCCACCGCCACUGUGUCAGAUCACUGUGAGAAUCGGUGAGGAGGCAAUUGUCAAGCGCCGCAUCUCAGAAACAGACCUGCGUCCCGGGGAGCUAAGCGGCGAGGAGAUGGAGGAGAGUGAGGAGGAGGAGGAGGAUGAGGAGGAGGACGAGGAAGAGGAGGAGGAGGGGCAGGGGGAGUCCAAGGCUGGCGGAGAGGACCAGCUCUGGAGGCCCUACUACUCUUACAAGCCCAAGCGCAAGGCCGGGGCCGCGGCCCCAGCUAGCAGCGGGGGCAGCGGGAUGCCCAGAAGCCGCCGGCCGCCUCGCUGGAGACAGAAGAUGGAACGGAGGAGCUGGGAGGAGACCCCAGCAGCCGAGGGCCCCACGGGGCGUGCCCGUGGCGAGAGGAGACACCGCUGCGAGGACUGUGCCCAGACAUUCGCCAGCCUGAGGAAGCUGCGCAAGCACCAGGAAGCCCACAGCGGGGGCCCCCACAGCUCCCGGUCUGGACGGAAGCCCUCCACCCGCCUCACCUGCCCUCACUGCGCCAAGGUGUGCAAGACAGCCGCUGCCCUGAGCCGCCACGGGCAGAGGCACACCGCUGAGCGACCCGGGGGCACCCCCACGCCUGUCAUCGCCUACUCCAAGGGCAGCGCUGGUGCCAGAGCCGGGGAGGUCAAGGAGGAGGCCCCCCAAGAGAUGCAGGUCUCCUCAUCCAGCGGGGAGGCAGGUGGUGGAGGCGGGAGUGCCCCUGCCGAAGAAGCUUCUGAGCCCGCCUCGCUCCAGGACCCCGUCAUCUCAGGAGGGGAGGAGCCUUCCGUGGGGGCAGGAGGGGCCACCUAUGCAUACCCACCUGUGCAGGAAUUUCCACUGGCUCUGAUUGGGAGCGGCCGGGAAUCAGGCAGUGGCAGGGGAAAAGGUGGGAGUGAGGGGCCAGGCGGGGCUGGCGGGGGAGACCGGAUGGAGGCGAUGGGGGCUGCCAAAGUCACCUUCUACCCUGAGCCCUACCCACUCGUCUAUGGCCCCCAGCUCCUUGCCGCCUACCCUUACAACUUCAGCAACUUGGCCGCUCUCCCGGUCGCUCUUAACAUGGUCCUACCUGAUGAGAAGGGUGGGGGGGCCCUUCCCUUCCUACCAGGGGUCUUUGGCUACGCAGUCAAUCCUCAAGCAGCAGCCCCUACCCCCCCAACCCCACCACCCCCAACUCUUCCUCCACCGGUUGCUCCCAAGGGAGAAGGGGAGAGGGCAGGGGUUGAAAGAACCCAGAAGGGAGAUGUGGGGUGA